AUUUUUUUAAAUUUAUUUUCUUGAAUUUGUCCGCAAACCAACUCCUCCCAACCAAUAACAACCCCACUAGAUUUUAAAAUUUAUUUAUACAUUUACAUUUAAUUACAUAUAUGCAAUUUGAUUCCCUGUGGCUGUGGACCUGUUCUCUCGCCAUUCUUCCUCCCAUUUAAUUACUUGUAACUUCUUCAAAAAAAUAGAAAAUAAAAAUUCAUUCUUCAUCUUCUUCUUGUUCUAUGCUGACUUCCCAAGGUCUGGUUUUGGCCACGGCCAUGGCCAUCUCCGCCGGCACCAUUUUCCUGUUCGAUCAUUUACGGGAAAAAUAUUUCCCCCAUGCCCCCCAUCUCUCCGAAAAUCACAAUUUCCCCCCUCAAUCCCUCAAGCCCUGUUUAUCCCCAGGUUGCCGGAAAAGGGGUAAAGAGCAGAGGAAAAACGGCAAGAAGAAGAGGGUUCGAUUUGCAAACGAUGUCAAGGAUUCGAAGGGCAAUGGCGAAUUGUACAGAAAAGCAGGCAGGAAAUUUGUUGGGAAAAAUUCCUGCUGUGAGGAAGUUAUUGGAAUUCCGAAAAUGCCCCCAAAUCGUGCGGUUCUGUACAGUGGGAUCCUCAGAGAUCGUGUGCAGAGGAUGGAGUAUUCGUACUGAUCCUUUAGUUAUGUUUGAUGGUUUUUUACUUUUUUUUGGGGGUUGGGAGAAAUUGUAGAUCAAAAGAUUGAUGGGGUGGGAAAAAGAAUUGUUUGAUUUUCCUGUCCUUACGUUGUAAAUAGAACAAAGUGCUUUUAGCUGCUGACGAAUCUUUGGAUUUAUCUCGUUUUUGGUUGUAUGAAUCUCAGGUUUGGAGAAGAUAGAUAGAUUUUAACAGAAAUUGUGGCCUCAAUUUUGAGCUUUCUAAACUUGAGGUCCACCGAUAAGGAGCGGAAUCGAAGUAUUGCAGAAAGCUCCUCGUGACUUUCAAUAAAUUGGCAAAAUGGUCAUAUGCCCCUUAAUCUAGAUUUUCAUGCUUUAAAAAAGUUGUAUUAGAAUGAUUUAUUUGAAACAAUAUUUACAUUUAACUAAUUUUAGUUCAGUCAAUUUUUAUAUUGUAGAUGUUAGGUUUACGGUUGAGUUUGGAAUUGAAUAUAAUUAACAUUUAC